UUAUUACCUCUUACGGAGCCUAACCUCUCUGUCAAUCUCGUGAAGUAGCCAGUCGAUAACCCUAAAUCCUAAAUCGCAGCCGCACAGACCUUUGCCCCCCUCUUCAUCGAAAGGCCGCCGCCACUUCGGCUGCUUCGCCUUCCACAACCGCCGCUCCUUCAAAGCCUAAAACUCCCGCUCCUGCUUCGACUACUCCGGCCUAGGCUCCAGCCUCUACUCCACCUACAGCCGCAGUCCCGAGCUAAUACGCCGGAAUCUGCACCGUCCGCUUCUAUGCCGGUGAGCUCUCCACCGGCCGCCACUCCCGUGAAGUCCCUACCCGCAGCUGCAGCUGUCCAAUCUCCGCCGUCAACCAAGCCGGAGGCCGCCACUCCAGCUGCUAUUUUUCCCCUCCCGCAGCGCUCCGCCUACAUCAGUGACUCCUGCUCUUGCUAGCUCGUCGCCGGUUGCGGCCUCUCUCCGUCACUCACCAACAUCAGCCACCACGCCCAGCCAAGCCGGAGGUCUCCCACCACCGCUGCUCACCGCGUCAUGCCCUCGGCAGUAGCAGUGGCUUUGACUCAAACCAGACAACAGAUUCGUAGAUCUGGAUUGAUGAAGCCGGUAGCUCCUACCUGGCCAACUAACACCAGCCAUCACGCAUAACCAAGCCGGAGAUCUCCCACCACCGGUGCCCACUCCGUCACGCCGUUGACAACAGCAGUGGCGUUUAUGCAAAACCAGACAGCCGAUUGACGCCGGCGCCAUCGACGGUUGUCCCGAGGACUCCAGCCGCCCGCCGUCUGGUUCGAGGUGGAGGUGGUUGAGUUUCCGUUUCAAGAUCUAACUUUCCGGACAUGAAAGAAAUUGUGACAAUCCAAUUUGGAAGCUAUGCAAACUUCAUUGGUUCUCACUUCUGGAAUUUCCAGGAUGAGUUGCAUGGACUGGCUGAUAGCUUCGAGAGUGAUGAAGUGUUCAAGAAUCAUUCUCUUAAUACUGAUGUGCUCUAUAGGAGUGGUGAAACACAACAGGGACUCCUUACCUAUACCCCUCGAUUGGUUUCAGUUGAUUUUCAAGGGUCUCUUGGAUCUAUGAGUUCAUGUGGAAAUAUGUACAGUGAAAAGCCAUCCCAAAGUUCGGAUGUUCUAACAUGGGCUGGUAAAGUUACAACUCAGGCCUCUGAGCCUUUAAAAAGGAAUCUCUUCUUGCAAAGUUUAUACGUGGAAGAAAAUAAGGUUGAUGGUCCUGAUGGCAGGGAGAGUGACUCCCACAAUGAAAUUCAGGACAAGGACAUUGUUGAAUGUUUAGAAAAUGGUGUUCAGUACUGGACUGACUUCUCAAAAGUUCAAUUUCAUCCCCAAAGUUUGUAUCAAUUAAGCGGGUUAUGGAUGGAUGCUCAAGAAUUUGACAAUUAUGGCAUUGGGAGGGAUACAUUCCACAACCAUCAACGGGGAGAAGAAAUAAAUGAAAGGCUUCGUUUCUUCAUUGAAGAGUGUGAUCAUAUUCAGGGGAUACAAUUCAUAGUUGAUGACUCUGGAGGCUUUUCUGGAUUGGCUGCAGAGUUCUUGCAGAAUAUUGCAGAUGACUAUAGUAAUGUACCUGUGUUACUGUAUACUGUACGGAGCCCUGGAUCAUUCAUUAAUACUAAAAGCCAGAAGCGAAAUAUAUCACAAAGUCUUCAUAAUGCAGUUUCAUUUUCAAGGCUAGCAUCCUUUUCUAAACUGAUUGUCCCCAUUGGUUUGUCUUCUUUGAGCACAAGUAAAGCAUCCAGGCGUCUCUGCAUUAAAGAUGAGCAGCCCUACUACACCAGUGCAGUUUAUGCCUCUGCACUACAUUCUUUGAGUCUUCCAUUUCGAAUGGAACAGCCGGGUCCCACAGCAGAAUCAAUUUAUGCUUCUGGUGCAUUAAAUAUGUAUGAAGUCAUACACGUCUUAGCAGAUCAAGCUAGACAGAAUAUAGUUUCUACAUUGGAUGUUUCUAUGCCAGCUCCUUCAUUAACUGGGAACCAGGUUCAGUGGUCUUUGCUUGACAAUUUUGUGUCCUUGACCCUAGAGGUAGAACAAGACAAUGAAGACAUGCAUGCCAUGGAAUGUAUGACAAUUCAUGGAGUCCUAGGAUCUGGAAGCCGGAGGGCACCUGUUUAUGAAGUGAAGCGCGCAGUUCAGGAUGCUUAUGAGAAAGCAAUUUCAAGGCCCAAAUUCUCACACCUAUCAGUAGCUUGCUGUCCUCUUCCCAUACCAUUGCCUUUUCCUGCUAUUUUUGGGAAUUCCGUUGGCCAACAUGGUGAGCUAUUAGAGACACCUAUUACUGAAACCCCUUCAAGGGGGUCCCUUGAUGUCCAUUCCAUACCCAUGGCAUCAAGAUUACGCUCUAGCACUGCCAUUUUACCAUUUUUGGAGAGCAGACUGGAAAACCUUCGGAAGUUGGCUAUCCAGCGAGGAGCAAUUGGGGCACAGGUUCUUGAAAGUUGGGGUUUUGGCAGAGAUGAGGUAGAAGACUUGGGAGAGACACUGUCAAAACUGGUUAAUACACUGAAACCUUAUUCUGACAUAUCCUCUGAUUCUGAUUGAUAUAUUGUUCUGCGAAUUGUAAUUUGUUUUCUGAUAUCUGCUGAGUUAAUGAACUUAUAGUUGUCAAAGUGUGAAUUCAUUCUAACUUAGUCUCUCUACAUCAAUUUGAUUGUACUCGAGUCUUGAAAUUGAUAAAAUCUAUAUCCAACUAAAGUUCCAAAAGUCAUGAAGAUGGUGGUAUAAACAUUUGUGCUUUAUUCAGCGUA